UCUGCUCUUCUAACCUCGUCGCAUUCCCUCUCUCUCUCUCUCUCUCUUUGAGCUCUUCUUUUGGGCUCUUCGAAUUCGGCUCCUGAUCUCCAACGAGUUCUCUCGAUCAAAGCUAGUUAGUUCCUUCAAUCUGCGGAAAUGCCUCUCAGACUCGAAAUCAAGCGAAAGCUUGCGCAAAGAUCAGAAAGAGUAAAAUCCGUGGAUCUACAUCCAACAGAACCAUGGAUUCUAGCCAGUUUGUACUCUGGAACUGUCUGUAUCUGGAACUACCAAUCUCAGACCAUGGCCAAGUCUUUUGAGGUUACUGAGUUACCAGUUAGGUCAGCCAAGUUUAUUGCACGCAAACAGUGGGUUGUUGCUGGAGCGGAUGAUAUGUUUAUUCGUGUAUAUAAUUACAACACAAUGGAUAAAGUUAAAGUAUUUGAGGCACAUACAGAUUACAUUAGGUGUGUGGCAGUUCAUCCUACACUUCCUUAUGUGCUGUCAUCAUCUGAUGAUAUGCUGAUAAAGCUAUGGGAUUGGGAAAAGGGCUGGGUCUGUACCCAGAUAUUUGAGGGACAUUCUCAUUAUGUCAUGCAAGUGACAUUUAAUCCUAAAGACACAAACACCUUUGCCAGUGCAUCUCUUGAUCGCACCAUAAAGAUUUGGAAUCUUGGCUCUCCUGACCCCAAUUUUACAUUGGAUGCCCACCAGAAAGGAGUGAAUUGUGUUGAUUACUUUACAGGUGGUGACAAACCUUAUCUAAUUACUGGUUCUGAUGAUUACACUGCCAAGGUAUGGGAUUAUCAGACUAAAAGUUGUGUCCAGACUCUAGAAGGUCACACACACAAUGUAUCUGCUGUAUGCUUUCAUCCUGAACUUCCUAUAAUCAUUACUGGCUCUGAGGAUGGUACAGUGCGCAUUUGGCAUUCAACAACUUAUAGGCUUGAGAACACAUUGAACUAUGGUCUUGAAAGAGUUUGGGCUGUUGGAUACCUGAAGGGUUCACGUCGGGUUGUGAUUGGCUAUGAUGAAGGUACUAUUAUGGUCAAACUUGGUCGAGAAGAACCAGUAGCCAGCAUGGACAACAGUGGGAAAAUCAUUUGGGCUAAGCAUAAUGAAAUUCAGACUGCCAAUAUAAGGAGUGUAGGAGCAGAUAUGGAAAUUGCUGAUGGAGAAAGGUUACCAUUGGGUGUUAAGGAGUUGGGUACCUGUGAUCUCUACCCACAAAGUUUAAGGCACAAUCCAAAUGGGAGGUUUGUUGUUGUUUGUGGAGAUGGUGAGUAUAUUAUAUACACUGCUUUGGCAUGGAGAAAUAGAUCAUUUGGUUCAGCACUGGAAUUCGUUUGGUCUUCGGAUGGAGAGUAUGCUGUGAGAGAAAGUACAUCGAAGAUUAAAAUUUUCAGCAAAACCUUCCAGGAAAAAAAGAGUAUAAGACCGACUUUUUCAGCUGAACGAAUAUUUGGUGGUACCGUAUUGGCAAUAUGCUCAAAUGAUUUUAUCUGCUUUUAUGAUUGGGCUGAAUGCAGGUUGAUUCGUCGCAUUGAUGUUAAUGUGAAAAACCUCUACUGGGCUGAUAGUGGUGAUCUAGUGGCGAUUGCAAGUGAUACAUCAUUCUACAUCCUGAAGUACAAUCGUGAUGUUGUUGCAUCAUAUUUAGAUAGUGGACGACCUGGAGAUGAGCAAGGUGUUGAAGAUGCCUUUGAGCUCCUGCACGAAAUGAGUGAACGUGUCAGGACUGGGGUUUGGGUUGGGGAUUGUUUUAUCUACAACAAUUCCUCUUGGAGGCUUAAUUACUGUGUUGGUGGUGAGGUAACUACAAUGUUUCAUUUGGACCGUCCGAUGUACUUGUUGGGAUAUCUUGCCAGCCAAAGUAGGGUCUAUUUGAUAGACAAAGAGUUCAAUGUUAUGGGAUACACGCUGCUUUUAAGCUUGAUCGAGUACAAGACUCUUGUGAUGCGUGGUGAUUUGGAGAGGGCCAAUGAAGUUCUACCAUCAAUUCCUAAAGAGCAUCAUAACAGUGUGGCUCGAUUCCUGGAAUCAAGAGGGAUGAUAGAGGAUGCUCUUGAAGUUGCUACUGAUCCUGAUUACAGGUUCGAUCUAGCCAUACAACUUGGAAGAUUAGAGGUUGCAAAGGAUAUUGCCACAGAAGUGCAGAGUGAGUCUAAAUGGAAGCAGUUGGGAGAAUUAGCUAUGUCUACUGGAAAGUUAGAAAUGGCUGAGGACUGUUUGAAACAUGCAAUGGAUUUGAGUGGAUUGUUGCUGCUAUAUUCUUCUUUAGGAGAUGCUGAAGGAAUAUCAAAACUUGCAAAUCUUGCUAAAGAGCAAGGAAAGAACAAUGUCGCAUUCCUUUGCUUAUUUAUGUUGGGUAAACUUGAAGACUGCCUUCAACUGUUGGUAGAAAGCAAUCGGAUUCCAGAGGCUGCUUUAAUGGCUCGAUCUUAUCUCCCAAGCAAGGUCUCAGAGAUAGUGGCGAUUUGGAGAAAAGAUCUCAGUAAGGUUAAUCCAAAAGCUGCUGAAUCAUUGGCUGAUCCCGAGGAGUAUCCUAAUUUAUUUGAAGAUUGGCAAGUUGCACUUGCUGUUGAAUCUAAGGCUGCAGAAACAAGGGGUGUUUACCCUCCUGCGGAGGAGUAUGUCAACCAUGCUGAUAAAUCACACGUCACCCUUGUUGAAGCUUUCAGAAACAUGCAGAUCGAAGAAGGAGAACAGCCUCUUGAGAAUGGAGACUCUAAUCAUGAGUUGACCGAACAAAAUGGAGAAGAGGACUAUACUGAGCAACACGAGGAACAGAAUGGAGAAGAAGGAAGCCAAGAGGAGGCAGUUGUAGUGGAUGCCGAUUCUUCAGAUGGUGCAGUCCUCGUUAAUGGUAGCGAGGCUGACGAAGAGUAUGGUACGAAUAAUGAAGGAGCCCCGUCAGCCUAAAAGCAAUUGGUUGGGGCGGUGUGAAAAUCGAAAUUUUGUCUCUGGUGAUUAAUUGUUUCUGAAGUGCCAUUUCUAACUCGCUUUUUGACACCUAGCUGUUUUGACCAUAACUACUACUACCACCUGAGUCCUACCAAUUCUAGUUUUAUUUUUUAGUGUAUCAUAUACUUUACUACAACUAGGCUGUAUAUUUGGGAUUUAGAUAGGAAAUUAUAAAAUACGUCCGUUGUUAGUAGUAAAUCAUUGACCAAAUCUCACAAUUCUCAUGACCUAUUUUCCAUAAUUUUGUACGGCGAUUUGGCUUGGGAUUUUUUUAACAUUUUACUGCUUGAGCAAUCUUGUGGGUAUAAUUAAUGCUAAAUGUUUCCGGUAUACUCUUUCUGUUGGGUAAAUGAUGUUAAGAUCACAAUGAAUUAUGGGUUAUAUCUUAUUUUCGAUCUCGUUAAAGCUUCCGGAGUGGCUACUGAUCUUUUUUUUAUUGCAUGCUAGCGGUCUUAAAAUUAAAAUGUGGUAAUACCUGGCUUUUUGUACUCAUCCUCGAUAAACCUUUGUUGUAUUUUUUAUAUAAUUUAUUGCUACUUUGCAAACUUCUAUCACGUAAUUGUCUAGUUUUGCCAUAUUAUUUACCUCAAUUAUGAAUAUAUCGUCCAUAAUCUAUUUUCCAUUUAAAAUUUAGUCUGAUUAGUUGGUUCUUCGUCC